CAUUCAACAUUGGCCAACAAGGUUGCAGAACAGAGCUUGUUAUUUUUUAAACUAUCCAAUGUACUAAGUUACCAUGCCUCUCUUGAAAACGGUUCCUAGCUUCAAAUAAUGCUUUGCCACACAUCAUCCAGAGGUCCAUCACCUAGCCUCACCUAGCCAGACAUUGCUGCCAUGGCUCAUGUUAACAGUUACCUUUCUAUUCUACUGCUAUUCUUUACUGAGGGGCUCUCUCAGCUGGUGAGAACACAGCAGUUUGUCACAGCAACCCUGGGAGAGGAUGCUCAGUUCAGCUGCAGGCUCAUGAAACCCAAAGACGUGCUUCAAGUCACCUGGCAGAAAGUGACACCAGGGGGGACUGAAAAUGUGGCCACCUACAACAAUCGAUUUGGACCAGUAGUCAACCCACCUUUUCAGAGGAACGUGGAGUUUGAAGACGAGGGUCUGCAGAACUGCUCUAUCGUCAUCAGAGGAGUGUCAAGAGGAGACGAGUCCUGCUACAAGUGUCUGUUUAACGCCUAUCCAGAAGGAGCUAUCAGCGGCAGGACCUGCCUCCAAAUUAAUGAGCUGUAUGGACCCUCACUCCUCAUCACACAAACCAACAACAGUCACACCACUCUGUCCUGUUCUGCUACGGGACGACCUGCUCCUACAGUAACCUGGGACCACAUAGAAAACAUCAGUCUAGACAAAUCCAGCAUGGCUGAUGUCACCCAUUCCGAUGAAACAGUCACUGUCACCAUAACUGCCAUGGUGGCAGCGUCCAGUCUACCUGACAAAGACACCAGGGUUAGGUGUGUAGCGUCAUCCCGUGGUGCCGUCAAGGAGGUUUCCAUGGUGAUUCCAACUAGGGUUCAAGCUUCAUUUGCAGGUCAAUCUCAGGUCUCUGAUGAUGACAGGAUCAGUGGUGCAGUGGUUGGUGCAGUGAUGGGUUCAGUGUUGUGUUCAGUGUGUCUCAUUGCUGUAUUCUGUGUAAUAUGGCUGCAAAAGAGGAGAAAAGAUACCUCUUCCAGAAAACCCCCAGUUCCUGACCCUGAAAUCAGCAGAACUCCCUUAAAGACACCAGCAACAUCCAAACAUGUCACACCAACCUCCAGUCCAUCACAAAUGUCACACUUGUCAACCAGCUCAACAGUCAAGCGUAGGAUGACUAAGAACUCCAGUCCGUCACAAAUGAUACCAUCCCUCAGCUCGUCUGACAAGCGCAGGAUACAACCAGCUCAGGAGGCUGUAAAGAAGACCACACCAAUCUCCAGUCCAUUCAAAAUGUUGGUAUUUGUACAACUAUAUUUGAUCAUCCUGGUAGAGUGCUUGAAAGAGAUGAUUGUGAAUGUUAAAAUGGGUUACAAUAACCCCAAAAUUCAAACAUUACUUAAAAAUGUACUUUUUGUGUUUCAGGAUAGACUCCCUCAGCUCCUCAGCCAAGCGUAUGAUGCAACAAGCACAAGAUGUUGUAGAGAAAUUAUCUCCUCAGAGACCAGAUGACCUGCAAUGUAGAAGGAAACUUUUAGAGGGUUACGAGGACUGAGUGACUACCAUACUGUUUCACACACAUCUGUGUGGUUCAGAGACCGUUUCUAUCCAUAGGCAUUGUGGGUACUGAAUAGUGGACUGAAUGGCUGACACACAUAGGCCUGCUGGUUAUUGUAUAUGUAAAUACACUAUGUAAAUAUAGUUUGUAGUUGGUUAAUGAUGAAACAUGAUAAAUCCACACUAGACUUGUUUGUGGUUUUAUUCUUCACUUUUUUAUAAAUCAAGUGUUGUGAUAUUAUAGUCUACACAAUGUCAUAAUGUAGACUACUUUCAUGGUGUGUGUUGUUGUGUGUGUGUGUGUUUUCUUUCUUCACUUCUUAUAAAUCAAAUGCUGUAAAAUACACAAUGUUGUAAUGUACUUUGUUGUGUUUUUGUUUUCUACUUUCUAAAUAAAAUGUUUAAACAAC